UAUACAUACAUACAUGUGAUAAAAGUGAAUAUUCCAAAAUCCAAACCUAACCCGAACGAGCAAUUACAAGAAAACAUCAAACAACAGUAAAAAAGUAAUUAGUGAAACAAAACAAACACUCCACCCCCUUUCUCGAUCCCCCCAAAUCACAGUCUCAAAUUCCAGACAUUUCUCACACAUUUCACCAUACAACACCAAACCCACAUCAAUUCUCAACAUUUCUGUUCAGAUCUCUCAACAUGUUGUACAAUUUUCAAAUUUAGGGCUCAAUUUAAGGACCCUUUUGAGAUCCAAGAACAAGACAUGAAGGAUAUGUUUGGAAGCCCUGGAAGUGUUAGCGGCUUGAUGCUGCGUAUUGGCCAAUGUUUGUGUGCUGCUGCUUCUAUUGGCUGGAUGGUUUCUGCUUCUGGGUUUUCUAGUUAUACUGCAUUUUGCUAUUUAAUUGCAUCGAUGGGGCUUCAAGUGUUGUGGAGCUUUGGGCUAGCUUGUCUUGAUGUCUACGCUCUUAGGAUCAAGAAAGACCUUCAAAAUGCUGUCUUGGUCAGCUUGUUUGUGGUUGGCGAUUGGGUGACGGCUACGUUGUCGCUUGCCGCUGCGUGUUCUUCAGCUGGGAUUGUCGUACUUUACGCAAGAGAUUUGCAUUUCUGCACCAACCCUAAAAUGCAUCUACCGUGUAGCAGGUUUGAGAUCUCGAUAGCUAUGGCUUUCAUCACCUGGUUCUUUAUAGCCAUAUCUUCUCACGUUAUGUUUUGGUUAUUAGCCUCGGCUUGAUCAUCCAUUUCCGCUCACUUGUUUGCCAUGAAAAACUUGUUUAGGUUUUGUGUGUAUCUUGUUCUUGGAAAUUAUUCAAAAUUUUGAUCAUGUAGCAGUGAUUGUAUUGAGAAUGUAAUGUGUCAUUUGUUUGUACAACUCACUCGCUUCAAAAUGAAUCCGAAUGCCCCCGUUUGCCCCA